CUUGUCUCUCCUCAGAUGCCACCAUGCCCGUUCACAGCUUCUUUUCUUUGCUCUUUCUGCUCCUUUUAUGUUCAAGAGCUGAUGCUUUCUUUGGUCAUGCUGUGAUACGGUGUCAGUUUAAUUCCCUCGAUGACAUCGUUUAUUUGGCGCAGUACCACUUCAACAAGAUGCUUAUGCUCCAAUUCAACAGCACUUUGGGAAACUAUACCGGCUACACAAAGAGAUCAAAAGAAGUUGCAGAUACCCUCAACAAUAUCCCGACUUUCAUAAAACGUGAAGAAAAGAAUCUGAAGACAUGCCAAUCCCACGCCUCAAUGGUAUUUGACCUCCUUUCAAACCCAGUGGAGCCCUCCGUCAGGCUGAAGUCAGCUGAUGCAGCAGGCAGCAAACAUCAGCGCAUGCUGAUCUGCAGUGUGCACGGAUUUUAUCCAAAACACAUCAGAGUCACUUGGCAGAAGAAUGGAAAUAAUGUGACAUCUGAUGUGACGUCCACUGAUGAACUGUCCAAUGGGAAUUGGCUCUACCAGAUUCACUCAUAUCUUGAAUUUACACCCAAAACUGGAGAGAAAAUCACGUGUAUGGUGGAGCAUGCCAGCCUCACAGAGCCCAAGCUUUAUGAGUGGGACCCAACAGUUGAGUCACAGAGGAACAAGUUUGCUGUCGGGACAGCAGGGCUGCUGCUGGGUCUGGUGUUUUUAGUUACUGGGCUGAUUUACUUCAAGAAGAAAAAUACUGGCCGAAUAUUGGUGCCAACAAGUUGAGGCCGACUGCCACUUUGGCUGAAACAUAUGAAAUACAAGCCAAAACGUAAAGUGAUCCGAAGGUGGAAAUCUCACCAAAAUGGACUGUGACCCACAGUUCAGGAGGUUGAUAUGCUGUGUACAAUAUAUAGAGGAAUACUUUGUGUUGCGCGGGUAAAUCUAUUAAAAGUAAACUUUUAAUGAAAAUAUAUUUUCAAGAUCUUCUUUUCAACUGUACACAUUGUCAUAAUUUAAGAGAGCUUAUUUCCCAUGAAAUGGUUUGUCUAUACCCUGUAAUAUUUUGGUGUUGAUAUUAUCAACAACGGGAAUUGCCUUUUAAUUUAAAAUGAUGUUGAUUAAUAAUAAAUACACAGGAUUAUGGUUCUGUCUAAUACAAAUGACUGGUGUCAUGAGCUAGGUGCUAAUCACAUGAUCUGAUAUAUAUGAGAUAUACUGGAUGUAUAUCAGUCAUAACAUACCAAAUACACACUUCUUACCAAUCUAUUUAUGCAUGCAAUAAAUUUAUAUUUUGA